AUGUCUCCUACGAAAGAAAAAUUCGAAGCAUCCGUCGAAAGUCAAAUGGACGAAGCUGCUGCCAACCAUCCAGAGCAUGGACUCGUUCUGCCUGGUAACGAGCAAAAGCCUGGCCCCUUGGACGCUAUGGCAUAUAAUGUCGUGGAUGACAGCCUCUACAAUGUUCUGCAUGACCUGCUCAUGAGCACCUACCGCGAAGAGAAAAUUGCUCGUUGCAAUACUGCUGCCAUUCUCCUCGAAGAAAAGGCACAAAAAGCUCUCGACCCCGAAUCAUCCUCUACACUCGACUCCCUCAACAUCCAAGCUGGACAGGCUAAGAUCAAGACCGAAACUGCAUACUUCGAUGUGGAUGGCAAUACUUCUCUGCUCCAAGAUGAGCACGUGCCUUUCCCACCAGUCCUGGAAGCUGUGCCCAUCGUCUACUGCCUCAACUGCCGACUUCCUCGAUUCCCUUACCCAACUGAAGGUGUCGGAAGCAGGGAACCUGAUGCUGAGACAGUUUACUGCAAGAAGCAUGUCUAUGUCAAGAACCAUCCCGCUGAUAUCUACAACCAACGGUAUACAAUCGACCAGAAAGGUCCCGGCAGAGGCAACGGAAGAAAGAAGGAUAAGGCACAGGAACUUACCCCGAACGGCAGUCAAGACUCCCCGGCUCCAUCUCCUCCUUCCAACAAUCAAAACCAACAAGUUCCUCUUAACCACAGCAAAUGUCCUCUAAACUGCGGAAGACAUAUUGCUAUCAAGAAGAUGGGUUGGCAUCUUCAAAGAGAGCACGCAAACGGCAGUCGAACUUCGAGCAAAGCAGCAAUGGAGAAGAUUCAGAAGACCAACGGUUACACUUCGUCUCGCAGCCGCAACUCCACACCCGCCCCAGCAAAUGGCUCCAAAGGCCGAACCAGCCCCAACAAGCGUGACCUUGAUGAUUUCGAUUCCGACGAGUCUCCUCAAAAGCCAAAGAAGGCUAGGAAUGGAGCGACCAAGCCUAAAGUUCCUUCCACGAGCAAGACCUCAUCUCAAAUCUCCAACAGUAAUCUCAAUCACGUUGAAACUCACGCGAGCGACGAUGAAUAUGAUGAUGGUGACGAUCGGCGAGACGGCGACUUUGGCAGUACAGCUGCGAAGGCAAAGAGAAAGGACAAGACAGCAGCGAAGCCGACUAAGUCAAAGGUUACCAAGGAUACGAUGAAGAAUGGCAACGCCUCCAAGCUUGAGAAGAAGCCCAAGAAGACAGGUGGAAAGACUCCGGCACCAGCGUCUAAGAAGCCUCGUCCUGUCACCCCGCCAGACUCGAAAGCUACUGUCAAGCCUGAGGUUAACGGCCAAGAAAAGAAGGAGCACAGCGGCCCUAGAGGCAGUUCAGAGAGCAGUCAAACUUUGAGCUCACCCAACUAA